CGGACCGCAGCACGGCGACACAGCGGUGUUCGUCAUUCCAGGGGCUCAGUCAGUAUAAUUCCAAAACGCGUUUUAUACACCUCCGCAAGCGUAAUCUUUACCUACGACUCACCUGGGCCCGUUUCCUGGGACUUCAUUCUCCCGUGACUCACUCUCGGUUCCCCUUUCAACGGCUCACGCCAUCAUUCCACCAGAAUUUUGUGAAUAAUCUUAAAUAAAUUUUGACAACCGUGAUUGUGAACAGUGAAAUUAAGUUCAACGAAACACGUGCUGGUGGAAAUAAUUGAAAAAAUAUAUUCAUCUCACGCCUUUUGCGGCUACAUCCGGACGAAACUACGCAAUGUCUUGACCCUGAUUCGCAUUUUAAGGAGCAAGGAGUAUAAAUUUAAACAACAAUGGAAAUGCGACGUGUAUUGCUCGCCCUGGGAUUUCUAGUUCUCAGUGCUGCUGAUGAUUCAGACGACUGCGAUGACAGAAAUUGGCAUAGCUUGGAGUCAUUAGAUUCAGCGAGACUGGAGUGUGGUCCGGCUUUUCAAAACAGAUGUUUCUGCUCCAGGAUUUGUUAUGAGGGAAGGCAUCAGUACGUCGUGAAUUGUACCAACUCCAAAUUUAUGGAUGUAAAGCCUUUGGAAAGUUUACCCAACAAAACUCAGGUGUUAAUUUUCACGGGGAACACACUCGAAAAGCUUCCCUGGAAUAUUUUUGGUACUUUAGAUAGGAUACCAAGUCUGAGGGUAAUCGACAUGUCUAGUAACAAAAUUCAAGAGAUAAGUGGAAAGGCUUAUCACCAUGUAAAGAAUGUGCAAAGACUCAGUUUAGACUUCAAUGAAUUAUCUAUUGAAUCUCAAAGUGACCACCCGCGCGUGUUCUCAAAUUUCGAGUCUCUUUUGGAAUUGCAUUUGACUGAUGCCUUCGAGGAUGGUCCCCCCAGGGAUCUAGCGGAGACACUGCACAAUAUAUUCGUCAAUAGUAAUUUGUCUCAACUGAUAAAGCUUCACCUAGAGCAGAACGAAAUUUCCGAAUUUCGAGACUCGAAUGUCUUCUGUGAUCUUCCGAAUCUCCUAGAUCUUCACUUGGGUGAUAAUAAAUUGACAGCGUUGCACUUCAAUCUGUCAUGCUUGCACAAAUUGAGAUUUUUAGAUCUUCAGCGAAAUAAAUUUACAAGGGUGUUAGAUCGAGACAUGAAGACCUUGGACACAUUUGCAAAGCACAAUCAAAAUGUCACGAUAGAUUUGUGGAACAAUCCCUUGGAGUGUUCGUGUAAGCUCAAUCCAUUCAUGAAGUGGAUGAAAAAAACGAAGAUCUUUGUGAGGAAUCGAAACGAGUUGAGGUGCACAGAUAAACAUAAUAAUUCGAUUUCCCUCCAAGAGACCAAAAAUUGCGUCACGAAGGCAACUUCAUCAACUGCUAAUUCAGGAACAGCAGUAGCAGUUGUGAUCCUCUCAUUAGUUCUGGUAGCCCUCGUAUGUGCCCUCAUAUACCUCCAACGGGAAGAUUUGAAGAAAAAACUUGGUCCGGUGAUAGACUCAGUGAACAAACGUGUGAGAUACACCUCAAUAGCAACUGUAGAAGUUCGAGAGAACGAAACGUAAUUUCAUUUUAAUUUCCUCUUCCCUUCGUAGGGGAUGAAGAACGACUUAACUAUUAAUAAAACCUACUUUAUAAUUUUAAUAAUCAUUAUAAUAGAUCGACCGUAACAAGUGAUAGCGAGUAUUGAAUAUUUUGUUAAUAGAAGAGGAGUAACUGCAAAUUUAUUAUUUAAUAACUCUGCCCGGUGCUUAAUCACGACGCAUUGCCCAUAAAAUUAAAUAUACAUAGGAGAAGUGAGGGUAAAAUGAACCAGGGGGGGGGCAAGUCCCCCCCCCCUCGGGUGACGAGCGAGGGAGUCAAGUUCCUCACCUCCCUCUCAUCAUACUUCACCCCCUCUUUAUUUCUAGAAUGGGUUUGAUUAAUCCGAAAUUUAUCUAUUUUUUGAAUGGGUCGUUCUGCCCCUCAGUCCAUUUCCCUCCCGCCCCAUUUUCCACCCACUUCUCCUUAUUAUUAGGUCAAUUCGCCUCCGUAACAUAUUUUAAAAUGGUGUGUUUACGUUCAUUCAUUGAACACAUUUGUUUCAGAAAAAAAAAUGAAUAAAAAUACAAAUGACAAUCUUUAAAAGAUAAUUUUACCUGGAUAAA